UCCAGGCGGCACAGCGACACCCAGAGGACGUUUGCCCGCAUUGCAGUCCGCGCACGCUGUCGCCUCCUGUGCCCCCCACAAGUAUCUGGGACCCCGGCAACACAAAGACUGCCGACUGGAAAAAGUGUGAGAAAUCAAUUUUCCGUCAUGGUCAACCAGGUUCAGCGAGCCGAUGGCAGCUGGGAGUCGUGUAAGAGUGAUUCCAGCGGGGCGGGCACCAGCGGCGGCGAGAGCUCUAAGGAAAGUUCUCGCUGUUCCACGCCGGUGCUGGACGCCGACCGUUCGGACCGGCUGCGGGACAAGAUGAGGAGGAGAAUGGAGUCCGGGGACCACUGGUUCUCCCUGGAAUUCUUCCCUCCGAGAACGGCCUCCGGCGCUGUCAAUCUCAUAUCCAGGUUUGACCGUAUGGGCUCCGGGGGGCCGCUGUUCAUCGACAUUACCUGGCAUCCAGCGGGAGACCCGGGUUCGGACAAGGAAACGUCCUCCAUGAUGAUCGCCAGCACGGCGGUCAACUACUGCGGCCUGGAGAGCAUCCUGCACCUCACCUGCUGCAACCAGACCAGCCAGACCAUCUCGGGCUACCUGGCCAAGGCCAAGCACCUGGGCCUGAAAAACAUCAUGGCGCUGAGAGGAGACCCCGUGGGCACGGACUGGGAGGAGGAGGAAGGAUGCUUCAACUACGCCAUAGACCUGGUCAAACACAUCCGCUCCCAGUUUGACGACUACUUUGACAUUUGUGUGGCAGGCUACCCCACUGGACACCCCGAGGCGGGGAGCUACCAGGAGGAUCUGCAACACCUGAAGGAGAAGGUGGACGCAGGAGCCAACUUUGUCAUCACGCAACUUUUCUUCCGGGCCGAAACCUAUCUGAAAUUCCUCGACGACUGUCGGGCGCUGGGGAUCACGUGUCCCAUUCUUCCCGGGAUCUUCCCCAUCCAGGGCUACCAGUCCCUGCGUCAGCUGGUCAAGUUGUCCAAGCUGGAGGUGCCGGAGGAGAUCACCAAAGUCAUCGAGCCCAUCAAGGACAACGACGCGGCCAUCCGUAACUACGGCAUCCAACAGGCGGUGGAGAUGUGCCGAGUGCUGCUGCAGAGCGGCAAGGUGCCCGGUCUGCACUUCUACACCCUCAACAGGGAGGUGGCCACCAUGGAAGUCCUCAGGCAGCUGGGACUGUGGAUAGAAGACCCCAGGCGGCCUCUUCCCUGGGCGGUGAGCGCACACCCCAAGAGGAAGGUGGAGGAUGUGCGACCCAUCUUCUGGGCAUCCAGACCCAAGAGCUACAUCUACAGAACCCAGGACUGGGACGAGUUCCCUAACGGCAGAUGGGGGAACUCCUCGUCCCCGGCCUUUGGGGAGUUAAACGACUACUACUUGUUCUACUUGAAGAGCAAGUCGUCCAAAGACGCCCUGCUGCAGAUGUGGGGCGAGGAGCUGAAGAACGAGCAAAGCGUGUACGAGGUCUUCACCGGCUACCUCACAGGCCAGCCCAACCUCAAAGGACACAAGGUCAUGUGUUUGCCGUGGAACGACGAGCCUCUGGCCCAAGAAACCAACCUGCUGAAGGAGCAGCUGGAGAAGGUGAACAGACGAGGCGUCCUCACCAUCAACUCCCAGCCCCGGAUCAACGGCAAGCCCUCCACCGACCCCAUAGUGGGCUGGGGACCUCCCGGAGGUUACGUCUUCCAGAAAGCCUAUCUGGAGUUCUUCACCUCCAGUGAAAAUGUGGACGCGCUCCUCAAAGUUCUCAAGAAGUACGAGCCCCGUGUCAACUACCACAUUGUCAACGUGCACGGCCGCACCCUCACCAACGCCCCCGACAUGCAGCCUAACGCCGUGACGUGGGGCAUCUUCCCGGGCAGGGAGAUUGUGCAGCCCACCAUCGUGGACCCGGUCAGCUUCAUGUUCUGGAAGGACGAAGCCUUCGCCCUGUGGAUCGAGCAGUGGGCCAAACUGUACGAGGACGAGUCUCCUUCCCGAAUGAUCAUCAAGUACAUCCACGACAACUACUUCCUGGUCAACCUGGUGGACAACGACUUCCCGCUGGACAACUGCUUGUGGCAGCUGAUUGACGACAUGUUCCAGCAGCUGGACGCUCCCUCGCAGACGUAAACGUGAGCAGGACACGCUUUUUAAUGCUGCUAGUUCUUCUUUCUCGCUUUUUAACUGCACAUUCAAAACUCAUUUUUUUAAACUCUUCCCUAAAGUGUGAUCCAAGUAAGGUAUUUAGACACUUUCAUGUGGCUAUAACAUUGUUCGAAGUGCAGCUCUGCAUAACCAUGCUUAUUGGCAUGAAACACAACCCACCACACCCUCAUUACACCACACCUUCAUCACACCACACCCUCAUCACACCACACCCUCAUCACACCACAC